CGGCGCGGCCACGUCUUUUAAAUAAGGCCUUCCCGAGGCGCGCGACAGAGAGGAGUAGGUUGGACGCGAGUGUGAGUGUUUCGCCAGGGACCAGGUCGCGGUUCGGGGCGGAGGUGCCGCGGACCACGAGCUUUCCUUGUGCCUUCAUCGGCUCUCCCGCCCCAGCCCCUCACCGGGCAGAAGCGUGGGAGGUGGAUUAAGUGGGAGCAGGUGAGGCCCGCCCGCUACCGAGAGAUCGACUCCUACGUUUGACUGUCCGUUGCUCACAAACUCUUUAUCAGUCUGCACGGGGUGGCAGGAGAAACACUGAACAUGCAAUGUUGACGUUCAAGCCAGAUGCAAGCCAGAUUUCUAGUGCUGGUUAUUCCUUUGAGUGUAAAUUCUAGAGACAUCCUGCCUCCUCAGGAGCCUACACUGCCAGGCAGCAGAAUUGUGAACUAGAGUGAAGCAGAAAUCUAGGAAUAUGAGCUCCAUGAUGGCCAUGGGUGAACCAAGGCUGAACUGGGAUGUUUCCCCCAAAAAUGGCCUUAAGACAUUUUUCUCUCGAGAAAAUUAUAAAGAUCAUUCCAUGGCUCCAAGUUUAAAAGAACUAUGUAUUUUAUCUAGCAGACGUAUAGGAGAAAAUUUGAAUGCCUCAGCAAGUUCUGUAGAAACUGAGCCGGCAGUUAGUUCAGCAACUCAAGCAAAGGAAAAAGUGAAAACCACAGUUGGAAUGGUUCUUCUUCCAAAACCAAGAGUUCCUUAUCCUCGUUUCUCUCGUUUCUCACAGAGAGAACAGAGGAAUUAUGUGGAUUUGUUGGUUAAAUAUGCAAAAAUCCCUGUGGGUUCCAAAGCUGUUGGAGUAAAUAAAAAUGACUACUUGCAGUACUUGGAUAUGAAAAAACAUGUGAAUGAAGAAGUUACAGAAUUCCUAAAAUUUUUGCAGAAUUCUGCAAAGAAAUGUGCACAGGAUUAUAAUAUGCUUUCUGAUGACGCUCGUCUCUUCACAGAGCAAAUUUUAAAAGCUUGUAUUGAACAAGUGAAAAGGUAUCCAGAAUUCUAUACUCUCCAUGAAGUCACCAGCUUAAUGGGAUUCUUCCCAUUCAGAAUAGAGAUGGGAUUAAAGUUAGAAAAAACUCUUCUCGCAUUGGGCAGUGUAAAAUAUGUGAAAACAGUAUUUCCCUCAAUGCCUGCAAAGUUGCAGCUGUCAAAAGAUAACAUACCUACCACUGAAACACCAGAACAAACAGCUGCAGCUAUGCAUUAUGACAUUAGUAAAGACCCAAAUGCAGAGAAGCUUGUUGCAAGAUAUCACCCUCAGAUAGCUCUAACUAGUCAAGCAUUAUUUACCUUAUUAAAUAAUCAUGGACCAAGCUACAAGGAACAGUGGGAAAUUCCAGUGUGUAUUCAAGUAAUACCCGUCACAGGUUCAAAACCAGUUAAAGUAAUCUAUAUUAAUUCACCACUUCCCCAAAAGAAAAUGACAAUGAGAGAGAGAAAUCAAAUCUUCCAUGAAGUUCCCUUAAAAUUCAUGAUGUCCAAAAACACAACUGUUCCAGUCUCUGCAGUAUUUAUGGACAAACCAGAAGAUUAUAUAUCUGAAAUGGAUAUGUCUUACGAAGUUAAUGAGUGCCGAAAAAUUGAGACCCAUGAAAAUUUGGAUCUGGAUUUUGAUGAUGACGUCACAGAACUUGAAACUUUUGGAGUAACCACCACCAAACUAUCAAAGUCACCGAGUCCAGCAAGUACUUCCAUAGUACCGAACGUGACAGAUAUGCCCCCAGCCCCCAGCAUAGCAAUCACAUCUGAGGCACCAACUGCACCAGACAUUACUGCUCAUUCUAGAAGUUUAUCUCAGAUUCUGAUGGAACAGCUGCAGAAGGAGAAACAGCUGGUGACUGGUAUGGACAAUGGCCCUGAAGAGUGCAAAAAUAAAGAUGAUCAGGGAUUUAUCCCCUGUGGUGAAAAUGUAUCAAAUUCUGAGAAGUCUUUGGUACAACAUAGUGACUUGAAAACAUCUGAUGCCUUACAAUUAGAAAGUUCUUCAGAAAUUGAAACCUCUAAUAAAAAUGAUAUGGCUUCUGAUAUGGAGUGUGUUGAUGAAACAGUGAAUGUUCCAGAGAACACAGACAAUAAUUCAAAGGAAAAGCCUGUUACAUCAGAAGCAGCUAAAACUGAAGGUGUAAUUCUUUGCCAUAGUGAUACAGAUGAAGACUGUUUAAUCAUUGAUACAGAGUGUCAAAAUAAUAGUAAUGGAAAGACCGCUGAUAUGGGUUCUAAUUUAAGUUCUAAACCAGCUAGCCUAAAUUCUUCCUCAGGACAGGCUUCUGUAGGAAACCAGACUAAUACUACUUGUAGUCCUGAAGAGUCAUGUGUUUUAAAAAAACCUAUCAAACGAGUGUAUAAAAAAUUUGAUCCAGUUGGAGAAAUUUUAAAAAUGCAGGAUGAACUCUUAAAACCAAUUUCCAGAAAAAUACCUGAAAUGCCGUUGAUGAAUUCAGAAAAUUCUAAACAACAUUCUAGUUCUGAGCAACCCUCUGCUACUUCAGAUGCCUCUAGUUGGCCAAAAUCCAUAUGGCCUUCUGCGUUUCAGAAGCCAAAAGGACGGUUGCCAUAUGAACUUCAGGACUAUGUUGAAGAUACAUCAGAAUAUGUGGCUCCUCAGGAAGGAAAUUUUGUUUACAAGCUGUUUAGCCUACAAGACUUGUUGUUACUUGUGCGAUGCAGUGUCCAGAGGAUAGAGACCAGACCACGUUCUAAAAAACGAAAGAAAAUCAGAAGACAAUUUCCAGUUUACGUACUACCAAAAGUGGAGUAUCAAGCUUGUUAUGGAGUUGAAGCUCUGACUGAAAGUGAACUUUGUCGCUUAUGGACUGAAAGUUUAUUGCAUUCCAACUGCUCAUUUUAUGUUGAAGUGGAUAAUCAGAAGAGGGAAUUGGCCAACAAAGAUUUAAAGCACAGCAAAGAAACAAAAGGACAUAUUGAUACAUUUACUUCAAAGCUUUUCCUGCUAGAAGAAAUCACCUCAGAAGAAUUAAAAGAAAGACUUUCAUCACUCAAGAUAUCAAGUUUAUUUAACAUCCUUCAACACAUUCUAAGAAAAUUGAGUAGCUUGCAGGAGGGUUCCUACUUGUUGUCUCACGCAGCAGAAGAUUCUUCACUCCUGAUCUACAAGACCUCUGAUGGAAAAGUUACUAGGACAGCAUACAAUUUGCAUAAAACACAUUACAGCCUUCCUGGUGUGCCUUCCAGUCUCUCAGUUCCCUGGGUCCCGUUAGACCCCAGUCUCUUAUUACCAUAUCAUAUCCAUCAUGGAAGAAUACCUUGUACUUUUCCACCUAAAUCACUAGGUCCCACAACACAACAAAAGAUUGGUGGAACAAGAAUGCCUACCCGAAGCCGCAGGAAUUCAGUUUCCAUGGAAACCAAAAGUCUGCCUGCUCAGCAAGUUGAAAAUGAAGGAGUGGCUCCAAGUAAAAGAAAAAUAACUUAAGGACUGUACCAUGGAAAAUGAAGAAAAACCAGUUAUCACAGCAUUCAAUUUAGAAAAGUUUGAGGGGAAAUAUACCUGAAAGAUCUGUAGGCAAGAGGAAUGUUUUUCUUGUACUGUUCUUGAGAGUUUUUAUAGUGCCUCGAAAAUACACAUUGACUAUGUGAAGCAGUUUUCCAACUAAAAUGGAAUGUUGUGCUCUUAACACCUGAUGUUUGAGGAGGCUCCAGAUAUGGUUUAACGUUAUCGUGGCAGGGAAAUAAAGAGAGAAGAAAAUAUUUUUAUAGUAGACCUUUUGCAAAAAAUUGUAAGUAGGAAAAUAAUUUGCUUUUUUUCGAGAGCAAUAUUUAUCAUUAUGUAUUAUGUUAAUAAUUUGAGAUGUAUUGCCGGUCUGUUGAGGUUGGCUCAAAAGGUUAAAUCUUGCCACUGUCAGAGAUAAUUUUGAGCUACGUAAACCUUAUUUCUGACCCAUCUGACAGUUUUUAUAUACUACUUUAAAAUGAUGAUUGUUGCAGGUUAAUGAAGUUAAUAUCUUUAAAAACUUGGUGAAAUUCCAUUGCAGAAGCCAAAAAGGGAAAUAAAAAAUAAAAAACUCUCUGCCUCUGAAAAUUCACAAGUAAGUUAACAGUUUUUUGUUGGGCAAUCAUCAGUUUGUUUAAAAAAAAAAAUACUCUUGUGGUGUAACAGGUUCGAUGACAAAUGCCUCUAUCUCUUGGCACAAAUCUUGGCUAAGUGUUGAAAUACACUACUAAAAGCAAAGAGAUGAGUAUGGUUUCCAGAAAAAUCUCAUAUUUCAGCCAACAAGGCUAAUGUGUGGUAAAACGGAAGGUAUUUUUCUUCAUCUACACUGAUUCAUUUAAAUUUUUCCGGACCAUGGAGAUGAAUUUGGAAAAGGGCAUGAUCAGUUGAUGUUAUUAUAGCCAAUAAUAAGAAGGGAUGGACUUAAGAAGGGAUGGACUUACUUAACUUUUGUAUUCCCCUUCUUCAAUGUGCACUAAAUAUGUGCAUCUUUUGUAAAAUACAAGCUUUGUAAUCUAGGGUAAUACUUGCUAAGUUUUUGGCAUUUUUUAUG